UUAUAAAUAAACAUAUUUGAUUUCAAUUCCAACGAAAAUAACUCUGUUUUUAAUCCUUAUUUAGGAAAUGCAGGGCUAUUUGUCGCAUCCAUAACUUUAUUCAAAUCGAAUUUCUUUCCUUGUAAUUAUUUUCUUUGGAAAUAUAAUUCGCUGGUGGAUUAGUUUCAACUAAUUCGACUUUGAAUUCAUGUGGGACUAUAUUAUCACAUGAAUAAUUGAAUAUGUCUUUUCGUGUAGUAAGAAGUUCGAAAUUUCGCCAUGUAUAUGGGCAAGCUUUGAAGAGGGAACAGUGCUAUGAUAAUAUAAGAGUGAGCAAGAGUUCUUGGGAUUCGACGUUUUGUGCUGUGAACCCUAAGUUUUUGGCUAUUAUUGUUGAUAGUGCUGGCGGUGGAGCUUUUAUAGUGUUACCUUUGAACAAAGUUGGCAGAAUUGCUGCAGAUCAUCCCUUAGUGGGGGGCCACAAGGGGCCGGUACUGGACAUUGCGUGGUGUCCUCACAACGACAACGUUAUAGCGAGCGGAUCGGAGGAUUGCGUGGUCAAAGUCUGGCACAUACCCGACCACGGCCUCAUUAAAACACUGACUGAACCUAUUGUCGAUCUCAUUUAUCACCAGCGUAGGGUGGGUUUGGUGUUAUGGCAUCCCACCGCUCUAAAUGUACUACUAACAGCGGGAAGCGACAAUCAAGUCGUCAUUUGGAACGUUGGUACGGGUGAAGCGCUUGUGGAAAUAGACUGCCAUCCCGAUAUAGUGUACAGUGCGUGCUUUAACUGGGAUGGAUCUAAGCUUCUGACAACUUGCAAAGAUAAGCAAAUUCGAAUCAUCAAUCCUAGAACUGGGGAGGUUGAAUCUGAGGCUGUUUGUCACGAAGGUUCUAAAGCGACAAGGGCCAUAUUUUUAAGACAUGGCCUGGUUUUCACCACCGGUUUCUCCAAGAUGUCCGAGAGGCAGUACAGUUUGAGAACCCCCGAUUGCCUGGAUAAACCCAUCGUUAUGGUGGAACUAGAUACCUCGAACGGAGUCAUGUUUCCCCUGUAUGAUCCGGAUACAAAUCUGGUGUAUCUGUGCGGAAAAGGAGACUCCGUCAUAAGAUAUUUCGAGAUAACUGCUGAGCCCCCUUUCGUCCAUUACAUCAACACUUUCCAAACUCCUGAUCCUCAAAGGGGGAUCGGUAUGAUGCCGAAGAGGGGAUGCGAUGUGACCUCAUGCGAGAUCAGCAGAUUUUAUCGACUUAACAACUCGGGUUUAUGUCAAGUGAUCACGAUGACAGUACCGAGGAAGUCGGAACUGUUCCAAGAGGAUCUUUAUCCGGAUACCAUUGGUGAUACCUCGGCUGUAACAGCCGAAGAGUGGAUUGAGGGUAAAGACGAAGAUCCUGUCCUUAUUUCGUUGAAAGAUGGGUAUAAGCCUCCGGAAUCCAAGGCUUCGAUCUCAGUUUCUAAAAGGUCCAAUAUCCUUAACAAAAUGCCUCCGAAGAGUGGUGGGGGGAAGGGUUCAUCGCAGGGAGAUUCAAUACCGACCCAGACCCUGCAGGAGUUCGCCGAUGAAAUACGCAAACUCAAGGCGAUGAUUGUGAAACACGAAAACAGGAUCAGAGCGCUGGAGGCCGAGGUAGCCUUGAAUAAAGUGACGAAAGAGGACGAGGAAGGUAGUGGUGGGGAUGGGCUCAACGCAGCCCCCGCCCCCGCCCUGGCCGCCGACGAGGUCUGAUUGGCGGACCGGCGUAGGUGCACGCCCACCGAUGGGCGGUCGCUCAAAGGGAGGAUUGAAAGUUUACAGGGAAGAAUGGGUCGAGAAAAAAAAGGUAAAUUUAACGGGAUUUUAGAUUCGUUUAUGUGCCUUGCGUGUUGAUCCUGGAUCGUUUAACCCUUCCGAUUGUUAUUUAUUCAACGAAAAAGUACCUCGUCUUCUAUAAUCUUCAAGUAUUUGAAGAACGUCCCUUUUUAGAUGUACUCUAUAUUUGUUUUUUCGCGAAGCUGUCACGCUUUUAUACAAGGAAAUUAUUUACAUAUGCUUCAUUUAUAUUUAUUCGUAUUUUAGAUUAUUUUCGUAGUAUGAUAUACUCGCCACAAGUGCUCUUAAGAACUUUGCGGAGUGUCUAAAAAUUGUAUUUUCAUCUUAUCUCAAGUAUUAUCCUAUCUUAUCGGCGCUCUCUCUCAGUUUCCUCAGACUUUAAUUAAUCAACUCGUAUUAAUCUUAUCAGCGAUUUAGAUGCAACAUUGAAAUAUUUAUUAUCGUUUGAAAUUUGUGUCGAAAUGGUAUCCCAUUGUUUUGAUCGUUAAUUAUGGGAAAAUUAUUCGUUCUGCUUUAGUCAAAAUGGAAUUUUUACGGUUUCCAACAGUUGUUUACUGUUUAUGUUGGUCUCUUCAUCAUAACGUUAAGUUUAUUGAUAAACGGACCAACCAGUAGGAUUUAUCAGUCUUUCGACACAGAUUCCGGAUUUCAUAACCAUCCUCGUUCUUUUAGUAAUUUUCCUUCGGUUGUUCUUUAAAUAACAACAUAUCAAAUCGUUAAAAUCCUAUUGAAUUUGAUAACGUUCUACCAAAGAUUUAGUAUUUUUACAUUUUAUUAUUAUCGAGACAAUAACGAGAAAAAUUUAGGCACUUUGAUUGUCGGGUCUGAAACGUUUGCACUAACUUUGUGAUGAAUAGGAUAUUUUCAUACAUCGAAAAAAGAGGCCAAAUCCCCAAUACCUGAAAUAUACCAAGCCAAAAUUGGAUUAGUUAUAAAUUUCGUAGUUUACAUGAUGUUAAUGUUGGAAUUUCAUGCACAAAUCCAAAUUCAACGCUUUAUUUUUCCAUAAAAAAUAUUUUCGAAGUAAUUUAAGGCUUUGUGUGAUAUAAUAAUAAUAAUAAUAAUGAAAGGAUAUAUUGUAAUAUGGCUCAAUGUUCAUGGAAAUAGAAUUACUACUGUAUUUUAUUGUAUUUUUAAAUUGUUCAUCUAACAUUUAAUUUUUUAUUAUUUCAUAUAGGAAUUGUUAAUGAUAUACAGUGCUUAGCUUAUUAAUUCUUAAAUUAUUGUAUCGAAUUUUUCCGUUUUUAUCGCGAACAAUCCAAGCAUUGUUAUGGUUGAGUGAUGUUCACGAUUUUUUUUUUGAUUGUCGAGGAAAUAUAAUAACGUUUAUAGUAUAGGAAGUGUGGGUCGAAUUUCUUUCACAAUACCGCUCAUGAUGAAAAACCGAAUUUUGUGUGCUAGCUCCUAACAACAGAUAAUGUAUAUAAUUGUAUAAAUUGUAGCUUUUUUUUUAACCAAUAAAUUCUUUGAAGUGUG